AUGGAACGUCUGAAGGUCAAGCGAGGAGCGCGACGUGGACAGUCAACGAAGAUUAUCAAUGAGGCGACGGCUGCCCUCGCAGACACGGGAACUACGGCACAUACGUACGAGUCACUGUUGGAGAGACUUCUUACGACCAGCAGAGAAAUCGGUCAACUCGACACGGAGCUGGAAGCGUUGGUGGCGACUGAGAGCCUCGCUGAAGAGUACGCUAUGGUCCUGGAAUACGAGGAUCGCAUCGCUCACACGACAGCGCUGUUGAAGGCGAAGAUUGCGGAGUUAACGGAAGGUGACCGCAGACCCCCUGCGGCCUCUGCAGUAACCGAAGAGGGAACGAGAGGUAGGUCAAAGAGGAUAAAGCUACCCAAGCUACAGCUACAGACCUUCCGUGGAGAUCUGGAUCGAUGGCUCCCUUUCUGGGAACAAUUCUGCGAAGCGGUGCACGAAAACGACGAUCUCACAAAAAGUGAGAAAUUUCAAUACCUGCGGACGCUCUUGUCUGGACCACCCGCUGCCGCUAUAGCUGGUCUGCAAGCUUCGGAGGCGUGCUACGAGGACGCUGUCAAGAUACUAACCAGUCGAUUUGGGGACCGGAAAAGGAUCACCCAGGACCACCUUGCGAAGCUCCGGACCCUCCCAGCGGUGACGUCACCAAGUGAUGUCAGAGGACGACUGUACGAUCACACGCAGGCUCAUAUCCGUGGUCUGCGAGCUCUGGGAGUUGCCAACUCAGCGUAUGCUGCUUUGCUGGUGGACAUCCUUCUCAAAGCACUACCCAGCGACAUCACACUGGAGUACUAUCGCCGAUCAGCACGUGCAACAACAGCAACCGCUGUUCAACAGGACAGUGCAUCGGGAGAUGGUCAACGAGAAGUACAGCACGAUACCUCGUACACCGAAAAAGAGUUAGAGAGAGUACUGGAUUUCCUGCGUAUCGAAGUGGAAAGCCGUGAGAAGUCCGGUAUGGUCAGCACGAACAGAGACGGGCCACCCAGAGGUGGAACCCUGGGAAAGAGUCUACGGAAAGAGAAGAACGUCCCAGCCGCGGCCGUACUGCAGUCAUUAGCGAAAGCCACGUCAAAGUGCAUCUUCUGCGACUCGGAAGACCACAGCAGUGGAGAUUGCAACACACCCAUUGAACUGGAACGAAAGAAGAAGGUACUCGCGACGGACGGCCGCUGCUUCAGGUGUACCGUCAAGGGGCACCGAGCUAAGGACUGUAGGCGAAAAGUCACAUGCUUAACAUGCAAGGGGAAACACGUGACCUCCAUGUGCGACCCUAAAUGGUCGGGAAGCUCGUCAACGAAAGCGAAAGAAGUUGACACAGUUGCCAUGCACGCAGCAAGCUCCGAUCGAGACAGGGUCAGUGCCACGGUACUUUUGCAGACGUUCCGCUCAUGGGUCAUCGCUGACAAUCAAUCCGCAUAUAUCCGAGGUAUUUUCGACGGCGGCAGUCAGAAAACUUUCGUUCGAGAAGAUGUGUCACGGCAGCUGGAGCUACCGGUACUGGAUGAAGUAACCGUGCGACUGAACACAUUUGGGGACCCAGAAACGUCAGUAAGUCCACACAGAAGAAGACUGGUCCAGGUGCGUUUGCGGAGCCAGUACGAUCAGAAAGAGCAUCUGAUUGAAGCCGUAGAAAUUCCUUUCAUCUGUAAGGACCUGGCAGAAGCCACGGCAAAUGACAGCUUCGUGGACGCCAUCAGAAGGGAGGGCGGUUUCAUUGCCGACGAAAUGUUCUUCCCAGGAGCGAAAGCCGAAGCAGGAAUCUGUCUUCUGAUUGGAGCGGAUCAGAUGUGGAGGUUCCUAAAGUCCGAUGUGCGACGGUCAGGGGCGGACGACCGUACAGUUGCGGUGAACACGCAGUUAGGCUGGACGUUCCAAGGUCCCACCGCUGUCCUGUCGUCAGUCACCAGAGACGUCACGCUAACCUGCGCGUUACACGUGGAGGCAAGCAACGAGGAAAGGCCGUUUGAUCUCCGAAUGUUCUGGGAGCUGGAAGGUCUUGGGAUAACAGACGGCGCAAAUGACCAGCGCUCAGAGGACGACGCAGUGUGGCUACAUUUCCAGGACACCAUACAAAAGGAGGACGGCCGAUAUAAAGUGAGUUUGCCGUGGAAGACUGGCAGUGCCACGCUGAGGGACAACCAGGAAGUGGCUGAGCGUAGGCUGAGAAGCCUGAUGAAGAGACUUCGUUCGAACAAAACUCUUCUGCUGGAGUACGAUUGUGCGAUGAGGAAGUACCUCAACGACGGACAUGCAGAGGUAGUUACCGAAGCGGAGCAAGCACCAACAGAGCAUAUUUAUUAUAUGCCACACCAGGCGGUUGUCCGGGAGAAUUCAACGACAACGAAGCUCAGAGUUGUCUUUGAUGCUUCCUCGCAUGCCCCGGGGACCGCAUCUCUGAACGCGCAUCUCGAAAAGGGACCGAAGCAAAACACGGAACUACUGCCGCUGCUGCUGCGCUUUCGGACGGUCAAGGUCGCUCUGGUGGCGGACAUUGCCAAAGCGUUUCUCCAGAUUGUAGUCAGGGAAGAGGAUCGUGACGCACUUCGUUUCCUGUGGUGUAACGAAACGCCGAAGGAAGAUGGUCAGCUGCCCAACGUGGAAGUCUGGAGAAUGACCAGAGUACCGUUCGGUACAACCUCCAGUCCUUUCCUUUUGUCGGCGACAAUACGGUACCAUCUAGAGAAUGUGGAAGAGCACCUACAGGAAACGGCAGCGCAUCUUGCAAAUUCCUUUUAUGUGGACGAUCUAUUGACUGGCGCUUCAAGCGAGGAUGAAGCUGAACAACUGUACAAGGACGCGAAUACCGUCAUGAGGGCGGCUGGGAUGGAGUUAAGAAAGUGGGCAUCGAAUUCCCCGGUUCUCAAUCGCCUCUUCGCAGAUCACGAGCCACGCUUAGAAGAGCACUACGCUGCGACCAUAGAAACAGGACUUUUGGGAUUACGGUGGAAUCGACACACUGACAGCAUCAAGCUCGCGGAAUGCAGCCCACCCAACACCACGUCGGCGGGCAACACGAAACGGUCGGUGCUGCAGCUCUCAGCCUCGAUUUUCGACCCACUUGGUGUUGCCAGUCCAUUCACGAUACGGGCUCGCAUGCUCUUCCAGCGCAUCUGA